AUGGGGAGGCGAGCGAGGGAGUUGGGCUGCGUGGUGGAAUUUCCUCCGGAACGAAGCGCUGAAACUUUUUCGGAAAAAGGAGAUAAAAUCAAUCCUCCGGUGGUGAUAAUGCUCGGAUGGGCUGGCUGCAAGGACAGGUAUCUAGAGAAAUACAGCGCCAUCUAUCUACAGAAGGGGUGUGUAGUGAUCCGAUAUACAGCUCCAUGGAGACUUGUGUUCUUUUCAGAAUCCUUGGGUAUAAAAUCCAUGCAGACUUUGGCUACAAAGCUGUUGGAGGUCCUUUUUGAUUACAAAGUGGAGACGAAGCCUCUACUCUUCCAUGUCUUCAGCAACGGUGGGUUCAUGCUCUAUCGUUACAUUGUGGAACUUCUUCACACUCAACAGCAGUUCCAGCAUCUGAGGGUAGUGGGGACUGUUUUUGAUAGUGCACCUGGCAGGAGGAACUUGAAGGGUGCGGUUCGUGCCUUCUCAGUUGUCUUAGCAUCGUACAAUGUAUGCAUAAAGUACUUUCUUCUACUGUCAUUUGCGGUGUUGGUGGUGACAUUGCGGAUUGUGUUGUAUCCUGUGACUCGCUUUAUACAUGAGAGCCAUUAUGAAGCAAUGUUGAACCAACCUUCUAAAUGGCCUGAGCUGUAUUUGUAUUCCAAAGCUGAUUCUGUCAUCUUAACAAGGGACAUCGAGGACAUGGUACAGGCUCGGCGACAGCAUCAGGUCCUUAUUAAGACUGUUGACUUUUUGCAUUCUGAUCAUGUUAGCCAUCUGCGAGCAUAUCCUACCUCCUAUGCUACUCACUGCAUCUCCUUCAUGUACAGUUGCAUUGAAAGCACUUCUUCUCACUAAUAUGGCGAAUCUGAAGAUACCAGCAUAUACCUCUUCUCUUGAUUGAGUUUAUAUAUUAAAUAAUACUGCUGGUUCUGUCAUUUGCCAAGAGUUUGAAGAACUCUUGCUCAAUUUAAUUUAAUUUAAUUUAAUUUCCAAACCAGUUAUUGGGAUCUUUCUGAGAUACAUAGGUUCCUUAGUUGAUCCAUGUCUAAUAUACCAUAUUCGGUGUGAUUAUGUGGAGCUGUAGAAUAUAAACACCACUGUCUCUAUUUAGUUCUCCUUUUGUUAGUUUCUUCCUUUGUUGUAUUUCUGUUUUCUCUCAUUUCUCAGAUUUUUCGUCAAGCAGAAAGAAAGAUGGUGAAGUUAGAUUGUGCAAAAAGGAAUUUAUUGUCCACUGAAAUGCAUAUGAUACAAGGUAGAAUUAGGAGGAGGAAUCGGCUCCAUUCAGUGCAGAUCUCUUUUAGUAAUUAUGGCAUGAAUUGCAUGCACAAACAAACAUUUGGUUGUAACUGCCUUAUUUGUAGAAAUCAAACUUUGAUUCAAUAAUCAUGGUUUGAAAACUAGCAGAAAAUGUUCCUUUAUUGUCCUACUUAAGUAGAUAGAUGGGAAAAAGUAAUUUUAUAGCAACUUAUCUAUAUUAACACGUUCAUGAGUGAGAAACCUAUCACAAGAAAAGGUAUUGAUGAGAGUACUAGACAUUCUGUUGUAACUGUAAUAACAUUAAAUGAUGGAGUUACUCA